UGCAGACGGGAUCCAGCCCAAAGGCCCCGGCUUCGAGUGGCAUGCGGGGCCGAGUGCGGGAGAGCCUGCUCAAGAACCCUCUUGCGUUUCCCUCAUCAAGUCGAGACCCCCGAUGGAAGGCGAUGGCCCCGGUGGCACGGGCCCCGUGCACGUGCCUUUUGGCUACAUAGUGGCCAGUGAGAAAUGGCGCGGGUCGCAGCUGGCGCAGGGGAUGCAAGGGAAAAUUAAGCUCGUUUUUGAGGAUGACCUGACAUCGGAUUUCUACCUGUCUAACAGAUCCUGCAUUCUUUAUGUCACCGAAGCUGAUUUGGUGGCAGGAAAUGGCUACAGAAAGAGACUUGUUCGGAUUAGAAAUUCCAGUAAUCUUCAAGGAAUUGUAGUAGUUGAAAAAACACAGAUGAGUGAACAAUACUUCCCAGCCUUACAGAAGUUUACUGUGCUGGACCUCGGGAUGGUGUUACUUCCAGUGACCAGCCAGAUGGAAGCAUCCUGCCUCAUCGUCCAGUUGGUUCAGGAGCAAAGCAAAGAGCCUAGUAAGAACCCUUUCCUCAAGAAGAAACGGGCUCUGCUGCCGUUGGAGUCAUGCCUCCUUCGAACUGUGCAGCAGAUUCCAGGAGUUGGAAAAGUCAAAGCUCCCCUACUGCUUCAGAAGUUCCCGAGCAUCCAGCAGCUGAGUAAUGCUUCCAUUCCAGAACUCGCGCAGGUCGUUGGACAAGCGGUGGCACAGCAAAUCCACACCUUCUUCACAUGGUCCGGAUGAUGGCUGGCCUCACGGAACUGCAUCUUCUUCUUUAGACCAUGAAUGACAGGAUCUUGCUUCCAGACUUUAAAACCAAAAAACAGAUGAGGCCUGAAUAGAGUCCACACUCAUGCUGCCUUGGUGUCUGGCUGCUGGCAUUUCAGUUUGUGGGUGGCAGAUGGCACUGGCCUCAUUCUGCUAGGAAUGAAAAGGGCUGGUGGCCAUCUUCCUUAAAGAGUCCGGGGCGUUCAUUCUCAGCAAAAUCCCAGUGAGGGCGGAUUUUAAUGUGUGACCUUGCCCUGCCUCUUUCAUGGAAAGGUCUUCUAAAAAAUGUCCGGUGGUAGACGUGACCAUCUAAAGGAAACACACAAACAAUGAAGCACUGUGCAUCACAAGCCCCAGUUCCUGGAGUCAGAGCUGCUGUUCUUCAGGUCUGGCUUUCACAUACCUGUGAGUUGAGGGCUGCUGCCAAUGUCAAUAAACAAUGGUGCAACAGUU